AAGAGCCUCCCGCUAGUGACUUGGCCAAUCUAUGCUAACUGAGUUAUGCGAUCCUUGCAGAAGCCAUGAACCAGCAAAGUUCCCAAGACUUUCAGAAGUUCCGCAGAUGUCCAUUUUUUGCAGCAUGAAGGCGUUCCUGCAGAUUCUCCAAUGCACUGUGAAGGAAAGACUCACUACACCAAAAGCCCUCCUUCCAUAUUGAGGAAAAGAUCGUCCGUGAACAAAGCUCUCAGUCAGAAGCAAAAAGUAGGGAGAAGAGUUCGUUUCCAGGAACCAGAAGAAAUUAUUGGACGUGUUCAUGACAUUUCCUGCUGUGACUACAUAGUUGCGCACAAGAGGCCUGCAAGCGUACUGCCUUUGUUCCUGGGGAUUUUCCUUUGUGCGCUCCUGCUUUUGGCGUUAAGUCUCUACUACGGCAGCGUGAGGCGAGAUUUCAAAGUCUUGGAAGAGUUUCACACCCAGCUUGUUAUCGUCGUCCUUCAGAUCAGGCACGUUGCUGUGAAAUGUUGGGCCUGGUUUAUGAGGCUGUAGAAAGCCUCACACAUGGAACCAUGCAGGGCUGGGAACAAUGGCUCGCUUCCUCUGGGAUACCGUCCGAAUGUCUCUGAGAGAGAAAAAGAGCCUCUUUAUUUAAGAGGGGGGAAAUUAAACGGAAAAUGAAGCAGCUGUCUUCUUGCAAAAUUACGACGCUACACACGGUGGGCAUUUUUCCUUUCUUAUCGCCGUCAUUUGGGUUCCGCAUUUCUUUUCAUAAUGCCAUUAUCGUCUCCUAGCAAUCUCAAUUGCAAUUAGAGGCCCAUUGUGUAAGAGCCUUGAAGCAUUGAGAAUAUUCUUUAUUUCCAACCUGGGGAUGUGUGGGAGCUGCAAACAGGAUUUCAAAGUAUUGCCAAUCAAACGUCUUAAAAUAAUAAUAAUAAUAAACCCAUGAGCUAGACCAUACAAAAGACUAAGUCUUCAAAAAUGACUUAUUUUUAAAUGAUAAAUGUUGGGUGUUGCUUACAGAGGAACGUGUGGACAGACAGAGUGUAUAACCUUAUCAAAACUUGCUUCCUUUGAAAUUCCCCAGCAGUUUCUUCGGGGAGGAGCCUUCGAAUUCAACUCAAAUUUUGGCUUGGAUGAAACUGAGAGUAGCUGUGCAUAUUUUACUCUCCCCCACUGGAACCAAUGGGGUGUAAAAGUGUUUCGCUGGAGCUGAGUCAAGCCUCUUUGUGUCUGAUGUAUAUUUUGAGGUGAGGGUUAAGCAAUGUGGGUAUUUGUGAGUGGUAUGUAUAUCACAUUUUAUCCAUUGCACGGUUUGAAACCUAUUCUAUAGAUGUCAGCUUAUGGAUAGCUGCUGCAAGCUUUCAAAAGAUAGGCGACCAGGUGUCUAACCACACAAUUAAAAAUUACAGGAAUGUUGCAGUCUCCACUAUCGUUGGUUCAUGGUUUAAUAAAAUAUUGUAUAUACUAAUACAAAUUGGUUAUAAAAAGGUGUUUUUUUUAAGACAUUGAUGUGAUUUUUAGCUUACUGGAAUCACAC